GUCACUGGAAAGUGCGCACAUAGAGAGGAUGAGGACUCUGCUUUUGCUGCUGCCGCUGCUGCUCUGUCCCCCCGCCGGGGGGGCUCAGCGGCCCCCCGAGGCUGUCAGAGAGUACUUCAUAGCAGCAGUGGAGAUUGGUUGGGACUACAUCCACCUGGCAGAUGGGGACCGUGCACCGGGUCAAAGAGGGGGAUUUAAAGCCGUUACUCAAAAAUACAUCAAGGCAGUCUACAGGGAGUACACAAAUGCUACAUUCAGUAUCCCCAGACCGAGACCAGCCUGGACAGGUAUUCAGGGCCCGGUGAUCGUGGCCCAGGCUGGUGAAAGAGUGGUGGUCCACUUCAAGAACCUGGCAUCUCAGCCUUACAGCAUCAGCCCUGUGGGAAUCACCUACUGGAAGCAGUCUGAAGGAGCUGGUUAUGAUGACUCCACAGCAGGCCAGGAGAAGGAGGAUGAUGCAGUCCCACCCGGUGGAUAUUAUAAGUAUAUCUGGGACAUCAGCCCCAAUGAUGGCCCGACCAUCAGUGACCCCGACUGCCUCACAUACUCCUACUCCUCCCAAGUGGACACGGUCCGUGACAUGAAUUCUGGACUCAUCGGUGCCCUUCUCAUCUGCAAACCGAGUGCAUUUACAGAGGACGGCCAGAGGAAAUUCCAAGCAUUUGUCCUUCUGUUUGCUGUAUUUGAUGAGACCAAAAGCUGGUAUGGAGAAGUCGGGGAGAGGAUGAGCAGGGAGAAGUUUAGAAGAAGCGAUGGCAGGAAGGAAUAUCACACCAUCAAUGGAUAUGUCAACUCCACUUUAUCUGGUUUAACAGUGUGUCAAGGCUACGAUCCAGUGUUUUGGCAUAUGAUUGGGUUAGGCACUACGCCCGAGAUCCACUCCAUCCGCUUCCAGGAUCACACGCUGCAGGUGCUAAACCAUCGUAAAGUCACAGUGGAAGUGACUCCAAUGACUUUUGUCACUGCAGAAAUGAGACCUGCAACUAUAGGCCGGUUCCUCAUCAGCUGUGAGAUCCAUGCGCAUCGCUAUGAUGGCAUGAAUGCGCUGUUCACGGUGGAGAAAUGCCCUGAUCCCGUCCCCAAGGAUCUGCGACAUGUCAAAACAGAUGAUGAUUACGACGGAGGUGAUGAAGAAGACGGGUUUAGUUACGCAAUUCAGUUUCUACCUAAGGGACCAGAAUUGCAGGCCAGAUCUGGCGGAGGACAGCAGUCCCGCAUAUGGAGGCAUUUUAUUGCUGCUGAGGAAGUCACCUGGAACUAUGCUCCUCACCUGAAUCCCACAGACAGUGAGUUGCAGUCCAGAAAUUUGCCUCCAUCUCCACACCACCUUGGAUACACAUAUAAAAAGGUUAUGUUUGUGGAAUACACUGAUGAAUUCUUUACUGAGAAGAAAAAUCCCUCUGAGUCACUGCUGGGUCCCAUUUUGAAAGGAAAGGUCGACGAUAAAAUCUAUAUUAUUUUCAAAAACUUAGCCAGUCGCCCGUUCAAUAUCUACCCCAAUGGUCUUACCAAGGUCCUUCCAUUCAACGUUAAUGCUGCUGUGCAUGACCUGCGCACAUUGGGAAUUCCUCCCAACAAGACAUUUGUCUACAUCUGGAAGAUUACCUCUGAUGACGGACCCUUGGAAGGAGACCCCCAGUGUCUGACUCAGCUGUAUCAAAGCACCAUCUCCCCAGAGCAGGACCUGGCCUCUGGGUUGGUGGGUACCCUGCUCAUCUGCAAGACCAACGCCAUCGGCACCAGAGGAAAUCUGCAAAGUGGAGACAAGAAGCAGAGUCUGAUAUUUACUGUGUUUGAUGAGAACAGAAGUUGGUACUUUAAGGAAAACAUGCAGAGGUCAAUUCUAAGCUCCUACAACACCAGCGACCCAGAGUUCUACAAGUCCAACGUCAUCUAUAGUAUAAACGGCAUCAUGUUUAGCAAGCGUCAGUUUGUCAUGUGUCAGACGGAUGUCUCCCUCUGGCAUGUGGCCAACGUGGGAACCAGGAGCGAAUUCCUCUCCGUAUAUUUUACGGGAAACCUGUUUCAGUACCAAGGCCUCUACCAGUCUGUCCUUACCCUCUUCCCCAUGACGGCUGUUACUAUUCCCAUGGAGACAGAGGUGAUCGGUGAGUGGGAGAUAAGUGCCUUUGACAGCAACCUCAGGAGCCGGGGAAUGAGCAUCCGUUACACCGUCCGUCCCUGCAACGAUGCAACGUAUUCUCUGGUCGACAAUGACUUGACUUAUGAAGACAUCUCUGAGUAUGUGGACAGGAUAGAUCAGCCAAGGGGCUUGAGACCUGAAAAUGGCACAAUGUUGGUUCGGGAAUGCAGGAAAUCUGCCGUCAACAACACCAGUGACCAAAAUGUGACUUUGGUCAGAGAUAAGGAGGUCCUUUGUAAACUAAGGAGAGUGCCAGUGGCGUCGGUGAAAAGAGAACAAGUUUCUACAGACGAAGGGAUCCCAGAAGAUAUCCUGACGAAAGUAGAGAGAGACGGGAGUUGGAAAGCUCCUGAAAAUCAGACCCAAGCAGAAGACAACAGAGGUGGGAGGCAGAAACGAGAGGCAGGUGGGAACUGGACACAAAACAACGACAUCUCUCUAGACGCCAAAGCAUCAACGGGAGAAAAGAUCCCACCUGGAAACACAAUCUCUCCAAAGGAGGACAUGAGUGAAAACUACAUCUAUUCUGAUUCUGAGAGUCUUUUAGAUGAUAUGUUGGACGUUGACUACAACUUAACUGAUGGCAACACAACAGAGGUCAAUCUAUCCUUAGACUAUGAUGACUACAACAACUACAACAGUGAGGGGAAUGCUUCGUCAGAAACAUUUGGCACAGAGUUAUUCGGCCCCCGCUCUGGAGAAACAAGACCCCGUCACUACUACAUCGCUGCAGAGGAAAUCACCUGGGAUUAUGGCAUUAAAACACCAUACCAGCUCAUUAAGCCUAGGUACUAUUUCUUUUAUUACAUUCUGUCUCACUGCUGUGGUUUUAUUCCUGAAGGUGUUUUUGGGACGGUGGAGAUGAGACCCCCCACUGUUGGGACAUGGCUGGUGGAGUGCACUAUAGGAGACUACCAGCUGGCUGGGAUGAGGGCCAAACUCUUGGUCUAUGAUCCACGAUGUGUCUUACCUCAGGGAAUGAAAUCAGGGCGGAUCGAAGACUCCCAGAUUACUGCAUCAGAUCACAGCGGUAACUGGGAGCCAAGGCUGGCCAGGCUCGAUAUGACUGGUUACUACAACGCCUGGAUGGGAAAAGGCACCAGAUCAUGGCUUCAGGUUGAUCUGCUGAGGCCCACCCUGCUGCAUGGUAUACAGACUCAGGGGGUGAGAUCAAAGCUCAGGGACCACUACACGGCCAUCUUUAGUGUCUCCUACAGCAUCGACCAAGAGACCUGGACCACUUACAGAGGAAACAGCUCAGAUUCCAAAAAGAUAUUUCGUGGCAACCUGGACAGCACUAAGGUGAAGGACAACAGCUUCUCUCCACCGUUUGUGGCUCGCUACGUCAGGAUUCAUCCACACGGCUAUAAGCAGAAACCGGCUCUAAGGCUGGAGCUGCUUGGAUGUGAUCUUAACAGUUGCUCUUUGCCUCUGGGUCUUGAGAAGGGGUUGAUUCCAGACAGCAGCUUAAAUGCCUCUUCGUUCUAUUGGUCUUUCAUGAGAAGUUGGAGACCCAGCCUGGCUCGCCUCCACCAGAGCGGCGGAGCCAACGCCUGGAGACCGAAGAAUAACAACCCCCAUGAGUGGCUGCAGGUGGAUUUGGGGAAGAUCAAACGGGUCACAGGUGUCAUCACUCAAGGCGCACGUUCGAUGCUGACCCAGAUGAUGGUGACGGAGUUUUCAGUCACAUUCAGUCAGGAUGGACAUUCCUGGAGCAGCGUGCUGGAGAAGGGCUCUCAGAGAGAAAGGAUCUUCACAGGCAACGAAGAUCCAGACGAGGAAGCUUUAACGGUUUUCGAGCCUCCUUUGUUCGCCCACUACCUUCGUAUCCACCCACGGGGCUGGGUCAAUGACAUCGCGCUCCGCCUGGAGGUGUUGGGCUGCGACACACAGCAGGGGGUCGGACGCCAGAGGACCAACACGCCAUAGCCGGGCAGAUUUAACCCCACCCGUUAUUAUUUCUGUGGAGAAUGAGCUAUGUAGUGCACUUAAGUUAUGUCUGUAGCUGUUUUUUUUUUUUCCUGUAGCCAGAACUUUGUUUACAUUUUCACUUGUUUUAUUGUUGCUGCUGUGAUGUAUGAUGAAGGGCAUAGUUAUAUUAAGACUAUAUAGAAGUAAAUCUUUUAGGAAAGCUUAAACAUUUCUAUGCUGAUAACCUUUUGAAUGUAAGCAGGUGUAAAUAUUUCAGACUUCAUUGCUGUAGACUGUUUAAGUAGAUGUGUAUCAUUUAAAAAAGCUGUAUUUUUCUGUUUUA